AUGGGCGCAGCAACUGUGCCCGUCGAGAUGACGACCUCAACCAGUCAACCGUCCAAGGGCCGCAAAUUCGAACUCGUCCGCGUAGCAGGCACUUUCUCGAGGGGCCGCUGGAAGUGCGUCGAUUACCCGGAUGGCAAGACUCCCCCAGAGCUGAUGGACACCUUGUCGAAGUUCGAUUCUGGGGCUCGUGUCUACUCGGCCGACUACAGCAUCCCGAAACAGCCAGAAGCGUCGACGAUUGUCGUCUCCUCGAUGGUGCAACCGCCAAAUCAGGACCCGCAACUCGUGCAGACGCAGAUCACCACCGUCCCGAUACAGACGCAAAUGCCGGAGUCGCAACAACAACGCCCACAAGAGAUCACAACCACGACGAUCACCACGAUAUCGCCUCAACCUCACGCUCCGGUGCCCACGAUCAAGUCCCCAGACGCUGAAGAUGACACGUCGAUCGGAUCUGUCAACGUCGUGGCAAUUGAUAGCAAGAUCGAGCAGGCCAUGGAUUUGGUGAAGACGCAUUUGACGUUUGCGGUCCGGGAAGAAGUCGAGGUGCUGCGGCUAACGAUUGCCGAGCUCGAGCAGCGAACGGCGGCCACCGAGCAGCAGAACAACUUCUUCAGGCAGUUCGUCCCAGCUGAAGUGCUUGCUAACCUGGACAGCCAUGUACAACAAUUUAUUGCCGCACGAGCCGCCGUAGCGCCACCCACUCAAAACGCGCCCACGCCUGUCGCGAAGGGCACGGUGGUCACGAUCCCGCGAGAAUUCCAAGGCCAGCAUUUUGAGUCGACGCUGAACAACGUGGUCGCCGAGGUCCGUCAGGCUGUCAGUGGUGGUGGAUUGUUUUCGCUGGGGCAGCCGCCGAAGCGCCUACCAAAUCAACCGGAUCAGAAA